CAAUUUCUUUCUUUCUUUUUUCCUUCUUCUUUUCCUUCAUCUUUUUUUUUCUUGUUUUUUUAUCCAUCUACUUAUCAUCUACUUUUACCUGUCUAUUUCUUCUGUCUGUCAAGUUUCCUCUGUCUUUCUAUUUUCGCUAAAUUUAUUCGCUCUUCUCUUUUCUCCCUUUUCUCUCUCAAACCCGAUGUACCAUCAGUUAAAAAUGUCCGAUCGAGAUAUGAGAAAUAAUGGUUCGGAUGGUUUGAAUGACUAUAAGAAGGAUGCCAAAGGAUGGAACCGAAAUUUAGGUAAUCGUGGUGGUAGUGGUAGUGGCGGCGGCGGUGGUGGUGGUGGUGGUGGAGGCGGCGGAGGCGGUGGACGUCGCAGAUCUCGAUCACCAAUUGACCGACAUCGAGGAGGUGGUAGUGUCAGUGGCGGUGGAGGUGUUGGAAUUGGUGCAGGAGGUGAUAAGGCUUCUCGUCGAGUGUAUGUUGCCAAUGUUCCCUUUGAUAUCAAAUGGAAUGAUCUAAAAGACUUAUUCAGGGAGAAAGUGGGCAAUGUUGUCUAUUGUCAACUGUUUGAAGAUGAAAAAGGUCAAUCAAGAGGCUGUGGUUUAGUUGAAUUUCAGGAUGCAUCCUCUGCCCAGAAAGCAAUUUCAACAUUACAUAGGUACAAUUUUCGUAAUCGUGAGCUUGUCGUUAAGGAAGAUCUAGACUGUGAAAGAGAUCGCUUUGGUCGAUUAAUAUUACCCGAUGCAAAAAGAGGAGGAGGAAGUAUCAAGGAUUCAAGAGAACGUGAAAUAAUACCCCGAGAAAGGGAUAUUUAUGAUAGACCUGCUGGACUUAAUCAAUCAAUCAAUUACACCACUUAUGGUCUGAGUCCGCAAUUUCUUGAAAGUCUAGGUGUAUCUGGACCUUUGAAUAACAGAAUUUUUGUCGCCAAUCUUGAUUUCAAAGUUGGAGAGAAAAAACUUGAAGAAAUUUUCAGACUUUCUGGUAAAGUCUUACGAGUUCGUCUUUACACCGAUUCAUCAAAUAAUAGUAAAGGACAUGGAACAGUUGAAUUUGAACAUCCAGUAGAAGCAGUUCAAGCCAUUUCCAUGUUUCACAAUCAAAAGCUAUAUGGACGUCCAAUGAGCAUACGAAUGGACAAAUAUGAAUGUGAAGAAAUGCCGGAAGAAUUACCUAGUAAAUUACCUGCUGGUCUUGAAGGUGUCGGCAAGGGUCUAGGUAUUGGCGGUCAACCUCUCGAUAUUGGUAAAAGUUUAAUGAACAACUUUAUCAAUGCAUCACCAGUCCAACCACCGCCACCCGCAGCACAACCCAUACAACCAAUUCAACCUAUUCAACCCAUACAACCCAUACAACCUAUUCAACCUAUUCCACCACAUAAUUCUGGUAUCAAUGCUUUUGGUGGUAUGGCUGGUAUGGCCGCUACGGGUAACAUGUCCCAAUUGUCCAUGUUACAACAAGGUUUGACUCCGGGUUUAUCAGCAACGCAGCCAGUACCUUCAAAUUCUUACAACUAUUCAAAUACUGAAUCGAAGAGUUUAUCUUAUUCUAGAUUGUGUGGAUCGUAAUCACCUUAAUCAACUCAUUAGUUAAUUAACACCCAACAAAGAGAUGCCAAUUUUUGGUGAUAAAACUAAACGUCCAACUGAAAGUAAGUAUUUCAAUUAUAUUAAAUUGGGAAAAAUUUGUUACUCCAAGAAUAUCAUGAAAUCAACUGAGUCUUAUGAAACUUUUUCUAUGACGAUGAGUAUUAUAAACAAACUUGUAAACAAUAAAAAAAACAAUUCAUUGACAUUAUAAGUUAAUGAUUAACUAUCACACAAUCAACUUAAUCAUCUUCAUCUCUCCUGGUUAAUGAUACACCAUAGAAUCAUCAUGGUGAUUGUUAUUGGAUUUUUUUUUCUCUACCUGGAAACUAUCAAUUCAUUGAUCGUACCCAAGCUAUUCAAUAAUAGUGAAAGUAAAAUUUGAUAUGUAGAUCAAUUUAUUUGGAAACUAUUAACCAAUAAGCCAAUCAAUUGAUUCUAAUCGUUGAACAUUAACCAAAUUUACUGCUAAUCAAAAAUCAAUCAAAUGAGUUAAUAUAAAAGAAAACAAAUAAAACGUUUCCAAUGUUUGAA